CAGUCACAAUCUACUGACUUUCUCAAAUUGCUAAAAAAGAAGCAGAAAAUUCACAGCACCACAAUCUUCCUUCCUCUCCGAUCCGUGUUCACCACACGCCUUCAUAGUUGUGGCGGUCUUCUGCAACCUCAAAUCCUCGGGAUUCGGAAGUUACCAACUUUUCCGGAUCAGAAGAAAUGGAGUUCUUCUUCAGGACACAGAAUGAGGAGACAUCUGGUUGCUCCUUCAGUGGGCAGGACAUUCAAAGAUGCCCAUUCUUGAGGAACAUCAAUAAACCGACAAACUUUUCUGUCUUCUCUUCCCUGAACUUCCCCACAGCUGUAACGGGGGGUAAAGGUCCAAUUUUUGAAGAUGGCCCCAACUUCGAUAUGGCAUUUAAAGUCUUCCAUGGAAAAGAUGGUGUUGUCCCACUUUCUGGAAGAUCUCAACCUUCCAAUGACAACACGGAAGCAGAGUCUGCUCCUCAAUUUCAUCCGUUAGCGGCAAAAGCUGCCACCAUAAGUUUGUCAGCAUUCGGACCAGGAGGUCCUUUUAGUUUUGAUUCUUUCUCUCGGAAAUGGAAUUCACAGAAGAAGAAGCCUGAGUCAUCCAAAAAGAAAAAACCUUCUUCUCAGGACAAUUCCUCUAAGCACGAGGCAAUGGGGAACGAGUGGUUGGAGACAGGGAACUGUCCUAUCGCCAAAUCUUAUAGAGCUGUGAGCGGUGUCCUCCCACUUGUGGCAACAGCAUUUCAGCUGCCUCCUGGAAUGAAGCUCAAAUGCCCACCUGCAAUUGUUGCAGCCAGGGCUGCCCUUGCCAGGACUGCCUUUGUGAAGACUCUGCGGCCACAACCACUGUCUUCAAAGAUGCUUGUUAUUGGAGCCUUGGGUAUGGCAGCCAAUAUUCCACUAGGCAUAUGGAGAGAGCACACUGAGAAGUUCUCACCAUCUUGGUUUGCUGCUGUCCAUGCUGCUGUUCCUUUUAUAGCUAUGCUGAGGAAGUCGGUUGUGAUGCCCAGAACAGCUAUGGCAUUAACCAUUGCUGCUUCAAUCUUGGGACAGGUCAUUGGCUCAAGAGCAGAGCGACUUCGAAUGAAAGCAAAAGCCGAGAGUCUUAAAUUGGUAGCGCAGACUGGCUCAGAUGGGAUUAUUGCAGGUCUCAACUCGAUCGAGGUCAAUAGUAUGCCCGACCGGUGCUCAUGUGGCAAACAGGGGAUGAUUAAAGACCAAUCCUCGAAUGAACCCGGCAACCCUAUCACUUCAUCUGCCAGUCUUUGUUUCUAAAGGAGGUUUAUAGAACUGGUAAAUAAGCAGUAGAACUAUAAGCUGCAUAUAAAAAGUGGCAGAGACCAAGGGAUUUAACUGUAAUAUGGAUUAUUACAUAUUUAGUUAGGCUCGAGAAAUAUUACCAUGACCUAUUUGGUCGUGUGUUGCAGAAGAAUCCACAAAUACAAUGUACUAUUGGAUGGAACCACUAUAAUAUACUUAUUUACCAAUAUUAUCCAUUGGGUUCUUAA